AAUAUAUACUAGGGUAAAGUUCAUACUGUGCCUGUAACUUCUGUCUCAAACAGUAACAAAGCUGGUAACUUUGCAGUUCAGUAAAAUAUGAAUUGCUGGGAAAACCAAGCCUUUUCCCCCAUAUUCUCCGAAUGUUUAUGCACACAUUGUCAACUAGUCUUUCCUGAACACUGAAUACCACAUAAUUUAAUAAAAGUAAGAUGACCCAUCUUCCUCAGACUAGGCCUUCCAAACAAAACUAUACUUAAGUCCCAUCCUCACUGAGUUCUGAGCACAAAAAUGUAAUUUUCAACAUGUAUUAUAUCUAAUGGAGAAUAAUUUAUGUGAAGAUGGGAUCAAUCACCUGCUUACAGAAAAGGAAUAAUGUAGGAGAACAUACAAUUAAAUAAGGAUAAAUGUAUUAAGUAUAACUAAUUUGGUACCAUCCAAGUAUUUUCUUUGGAAUUUUGAAUGUUUUCUUAAGUGAAAAUCAGUUUAGAGUUUCAUUUUUCUACAACACUUAUUCAUAACUGUAACACCAUUUCAUAAUUUUAAAAUAUUUUAUUUUUGUGGUUUUCAAGUUUUAAGUUUGCAGACUACUCAAAGCAGUGGUUUGAGUUUUUGUUUUGUUUAUAUUGGCAGUAGAUUCAGUUUUUAAAACAGUUUAAAGUAUAUUACAUUGCAUUUGACAGAUUUGCUUACAGACUCAGUCUGAAUUUGGUCACAAAACAAUUUACAAAUUGUAAAUAUUUUUCCUUUUAAGUGGACAAUUCUAGUCUGUAUCUUAAGACAAUCAUCUUUUUAUAUUGUAGUAUUGUUUGUGGCAAUAUCACUAAUUUCAGAUUUUACUUUUCUCAGAUCUCAGACUUAACUUUUUAAAUUUUCAUUCUUAUGAAAUGAAAAUUAAUGAAGUGAGUUACAUCAUUUUCAAAUUAAAAAGAGGAAUUAUGGCUAGGUUUUUUUAUGUCUGCAGUGAAAGGUAACUAAAAUUUUUAUACUUUUGUAUAUAUCACUGUUUUCCCCCUGUUUAAAACUGUCACUAAUGUUCUUCGGUCCCUGAUUCAACAGUGAUUUAUAAACAUCAGAGUUUGAACCAUGAAUUUUCAAGCAUGAAACCAGCAUAAAUAACCAUUAUAAAAUGCCAAAUGUUGUUACUCUUUUCCCAGUAAACAUUUCCCAAUCACAGAGAAAUGCCACUGUAUAUUUACAGAAUCUUACUCCCAUUCUCUUUUGCAUGCCACUGAUUUUUUUUUUCCUAAAUUAAAAGUAUGCAGUGGUGUAUUUUAAAGUCUUCAGGGGAAAAAGAACUACUUAAAGUGUUGUAACAUAAGUUCUGUUACUGUUUCCUGAGGAAUGGGUUUGUUUUUUAAGAAUUAUUAUAUCAUUAAAUUACAUUGUGUGGUUCAGCACAGUAAUUUAGAACUUGAUUUAUAUGGCCAUUUGUAGUUGUAUAGAAGCAUUCUUUUUACCACAUAAACCAUAAUCACUUGUUUUCCAAGUUUGUUUGUUUUUUUUUUUUUAAUAAGCCUUGCUCUUCAACUGGAGUCCUAUAUGGUGUGGGAUUCUUAAAAUUGAGGCAGGAAGGUCUUACAUAGUAAGAAAUGCUUAGUAGAGAUUACAGGAGAAGGAAUUUUCCCAGAAAAGUUACCUUCAUCUUGUAGCACCAAUAUAAGUAGUAGUUGCAUUUGUCACUGAAUCAGAUGAAGUAGUUAGAAGUCAUAUAUUUUUACUUUGCUAUAAAGAUUAGUAUAACUAAUUUUAGAGAACUUUGUUAUUUUCUGAGCAGUUUCCAUUUUAAGACUUAGUGUCAAUUAGCUUUAUUCAAAGUAUCACUAAAGGUUAAUUAAAUCAAGUUUUUUUUUUUUAAGUUCUGUUGAUCUUCUUUUACCCUGAAAUUAAUGGUGAACCUGUUGUCUAUACUAUGUUAGGCAGAAAUGCACUUGUUGAAAUAGCAGAAACUAUACUUGACUUUCUAGUAGUGUGAAACACUUUGUUUUUAAUGUGCUUGUCUGUAACUGAAAUGUUAUAGCAUUGUAACACUGUAGGGAUUAUAGAGUUAUAUUUAUUAGCUCUUAACAGAUUGAAGCACAAUAAUUUUCAUGUAACAAUCCUUAUCCAAGUGCUCUCUGUCGUACUAAUAAAGCUGAUUGCCUAUCUAGUUGUUCACAGAUCACUAUGAUCCUUGAGACAGUCUUGUUCAUUUGUAUUAAAAUUUGGGUAUUGUGAGUUAAUACUUUAAAAUAAACCUGUCAAAUCAGCUCUGUUAUGCAGUAAACUUUAGAUUCACAAUUUUUAUGUUACUGGUCAAUUUUGAAGAGACUUCACCACAGUGACUAAGGGGGAAAUUCUAUCGAAUCAUUUGACUUGAACAUUUGUAUUGUAAAAGUAUUGUCUGUGGUGUUUCUAAAUUACAUAAACCAUACAUUCUCUUAAGGGUUUUUUUUGUCCAGUAGUGAUUUUCUGCUUUUGUCUGUUACAAUUAAUAUUUUAUAGACCUUAGAAACUCUGUCAAAUUCUUGAACAUUUCUUUUCUUGAGUUGAUCACUUAACUCUUGUAUGUGAUUUGUCUUGAAGGAUGUGAGCCUUUCACGUCACAAGAAUUUCAGAGUAAACACUGUGAUUCUACAGAGCAGAUUCCAUAGACGUUCCAAUACUCUUAAUUGUUACACAGUGCCUGUCACUUUGAGGGCACAUAAAUACUAGGAUGGAAUAUAAAACGUUGUUUUGAUGUUUGUUAACAAGAUUACAGAAUAUUUGGGUUUUGUUUUUUUUUUUUUGUGGUCAGUGUAAUAAAGAACUUUGCAUUGAUAUUAUCUAGGAAUGUGUAUACAUUCAUCUAGUGUGAACUCUUGUAAAUGAAUUUUGUAUCUUGAAUCACGUAUAUAUUAAGUGUAUCAUCAAUAUAAAAAAAUAAACAUUAUUUGCUUAAAGUUUUGUAUACUUUAGUACUAUUGACAGCUGUUUCCUAGUUUGGGGUAAUACCUUAGGCGCGUCUUUCUAGAGUUACAUAUUCACGUUUAUCUUAUUUUGUAGAUUUGAGAAUACUGUUUAUAGAACAUUUGUUUUCUCCCUGCCUGGUAGCUACUACAACUAGGACAAGAGGAAACUGGAAUAAAUGGAAUCAACAAAAAACCCUUGGGCUGGUGUUGCUUCUGGGGCAGGACUCAAGUUCCUAUAAUGUAGAAUGCGUGGUUUGAAACUGAGAAAUAUGGGAAUCUUACUUAGGCAGAACAAGGGUCAUAAGGUUCUAGACACUUCUUUCAGUUGUAUGAAACAUCAUCGACAGCAACUCGGACAGAAAGGUGCCAGUUGUAAUUUUUGGAGCACAGGCUUCCCUGAAACCCCAAAGCCGGUCCCGGGCUACCGCACACCACGGGACUCCUCCCUCUUCAGAAGGGAAGGUGGAGAUCGAGGCGGCCAGGUUGCAGUCCGCGGUCCUGCCGCUCGCUGACGUGGCAGUGGCCGGGCAACACAGGUAGAGGUGUCUACCCUGUAGCCGUUCCAACCCAACGGCCCAAGCACCUCUCUCGCGCGCUGCUGGGCCGCACACUGGCGCAUGCGCGCGCAGAAACCUCAUCCGACGCGCAGCCAUUUCCGGCGCGCGGCAAACGUGCGGUUCCGGGUCGGUAUUCGGCUCGUCGGCCUGAGGUGGGGGCCGAGAGCCCUCGAGAGUCCGCGGAGGCGUGGCUGCUCUUAGACAGCAAGUGCUCUACUGGAGUCCCUGGACGCAAGUAGGCCUCCCUUUCUCCCGUGGCCUCCGGCGGUCUACCGCAAGGGCAGUGACUUUGACCUCCAGACUGUCUUAAACAUAGUAGAUAAGACAGAUCCUGUGUUGCCAAAAUUCUUUGGCCCACAUUUAAGUGGGAUGCAGCUAGCCUGGAGGUGUGGAACCUUUUAGGUACCUGUGUAUGAAUUCCAUUCACUGAGAAGUCCAGGGGUUAGUUUCCCCUGAAAGAUAUCCACACAGCAAACAUGUUUGCAAAACUAAAGAAGAAAAUUGCAGAAGAGACUGCUGUUGCUCAGAGGCCAGGCUGCACUCCUAGGAUCCCUCGGUCUGGGAGCAAGGAGUCUGUGGCUUCCAUGGGGGCUGACUCAGGAGAUGAUUUUGCUUCCGAUGGAAGCAGCUCCAGAGAAGAUCUCUCAUCCCAGCUUUUGAGAAGAAAUGAACAGAUACGGAAGUUAGAAGCCAGACUUUCUGACUAUGCUGAACAGGUCCGAAACUUGCAGAAGAUAAAAGAGAAGCUUGAAAUUGCAUUAGAAAAACACCAGGAUUCUUCCAUGCGGAAAUUUCAAGAACAGAAUGAAACAUUCCAAGCCAACAGAGCCAAAAUGGCAGAAGGACUGGCUUUGGCAUUAGCCAGGAAGGACCAGGAAUGGUCAGAAAAGAUGGAACAGCUUGAAAAGGAAAAAAGGUUUCUAACAUCUCAGCUACAAGAAGUAAAGAACCAGAGCUUGAGCCUUUUUCAAAAGAGAGAUGAAAUUGAUGAGUUAGAGGGUUUCCAGCAACAGGAAAUCAGCAAAGUGAAGCACAUGCUUUUAAAAAAAGAAGAAUGUUUAGGGAAGAUGGAGCACGAAUUGGAUGCACGAACCAGGGACCUUAAUCGUACUCAGGAGGAAUUGGUGACUUCUAAUCAGUUGUCAUCUGACUUAAGCCAGCGACUACAAGAAUUGCAGAGACACUGCGCAACGCUGGAAGAACAGAGAGACCACUUGACAGCUUCAAAAGCAGGUGCAGAACAUAAGAUUGUAGUCCUGGAACAAAAGGAACAAGAGCUCCAGGCGAUCAUCCAGCAGUUUUCCAUUGACCUACAAAAGGUCAAUGCUGAAACUCAAGAAAAAGAAAAAGUCAUCACACAUUUACAAGACAAGGUUACAUUCUUGGAAAAGAGACUAGAACAGGAUUUAUCAGGAGAAGAUCAUGUACAAGAACUCUUGAAAGAGAAAACUGUGGCUGAACAGAAACUACAGGAUACUAGGCAACAGCUCUUGGCUGCCAAGAACAGCCACACCAAGGCAGUUGACCUCCUGGAGACUCGGGUGAAGGACCUAGAGCAGAGCCUACAGGCUGCUGAAGAGCAGCUUAGCCAGAGUAGAGAUGUUGUGGCUGGCCAGGAAGCGCAGAUCCUGAAGCUUAUCACUACAAACCAAGAGAACAACCUUUCCCAACAGCAGGUUCUUGCCCUGGAGCAACAUUGCAGGGAGCGCAUCCAUACACUGGAGGCCCAAAUUGAAGCUCUGGAACAAACACGGGCGGCUGACCAGAUAGCCUCCGAGCAGGGAAUGCGGCAACUGCGGCAGGAAAAUGUGGCCCUUAAAGAAAGCAGAGAUGAGUGUGUACAGUCCUUACAACAUCACCAAUUGGAACUAAAGAAACUAAAGGAUGAAUGGAACCAAAGAGAAAUUGUGAGUGUGGCAAUGGCUCAAGCCCUGGAGGAGGUGCGGAAACAGAGAGAAGAGUUCCAGCAGCAGGCCACUGAGCUGACAGCCAUCAUAGAAGAGAAAAAUCAGAGCCUAUGUGAAAAGGAUGAGGCACUUCUCCAGAAGGAGCAGGAACUUCAACAGCUGGAAAAAGGUCACAACUCUGCCCUGCUGCAGAUGCACCAACUGCAGAGAGAACUAGAGACCUUGAAGACUUUCAGAGCCCAGGAGGCAAUGCCAGCCACAACAGGAGAGGACCGCCUGCCACUGCAGGGCCAGGAGCCACUAGUCAUCUCAAAAGCCAUGCAGAAUUCUGAGUAUGAGCUUCCAGCUGCAGAAGGAACUCCAAAUGGUGAGGUUGGAGCCAUGGAUCUAAAGCAGCUACAGAAAGAAAAACAGGACUUAGAACAGCAACUUACAGAGAAAAAUAAGAUUAUGAAGCAAAUGCAGCAGAGGAUGCUGGAACUUAAGAAGACUCUGCAGAAAGAGCUGAAAAUCAAACCUGACAAUGAGCUUUUUGAGGUCCGGGAGAAGACAGGCCCUGAGAUACCAAAUAUGGCCCCUUCUGUCACUAAUAAUACUGACCUAACUGAAGCCCGAGAGAUCAACUUUGAAUACCUUAAGCAUGUUGUUUUAAAAUUCAUGUCCUGUCGAGAAUCUGAGGCUUUUCAUCUCAUAAAAGCAGUGUCAGUGCUGCUGAAUUUCUCACAAGAAGAGGAGAAUAUGCUCAAAGAGACUCUGGAAUAUAAGAUGUCUUGGUUUGGAUCCAAACCAGCUCCCAAGGGCAGCAUCCGGCCAUCUAUCUCCAACCCUCGGAUACCAUGGUCCUAGACCCACCCAAGGAUAGAGCUACGUGGGCUGACACUCUUCCUAUGAAAAGAAUACUGACACAGCAGACUGGGUGGGUUUUUAAAUCAAUGUAACUGCAGUAUUGUGUACAAGUGUCUAGACAGUUUACAAGGCUUUAGACCCACCUCCCUGCACACUGAUGAUGAACUUCAGAGGGAGCCAAUUUUAUCAUAAUGGUCAUUAAACAUGAGAAGGAAUCCAGGGCACUGCCCAGAUUUCCACAGUGCUGCUAAUAUCCCAGCUGUGGCCAGCUGUAACUGGGUCCUCUAUCUUAAUAUUAGCAUUUAAAAUUGAAGUGAUUGGCAUGUCAGGUGAAAACUAAUUAUCAAGCAGAGGUAACAUGACUGAAAGUGGAGAGAGUCCUUUCAUAAAAAGCUAACUCAAGGGUGGUCUUUGGAGUCCCCUUCUACUAGCAAGUCUGGGUUUUCAUGCACUGUUGCCUCUCAAGAAAGUAUCAUUACACUUUGUUUCCCCAACCACCUAGAACUUGAGAUGUGUCCAUCUCAUAGGUUACGGGGCCAGUGUGGACUGAUGAGUAUGCAACUUUCCAGUCCUGAGAAAACUAGCAAGCAGACGGAAUGAUCUCUACGUAUAGCACCAAAUACACUCAAUUGCCUUCUUAAUGAAUGUACUCGUCUUGGAUGGGUUGCUGGUAAACCAUUUUAAAACUAUUUUUAUAGCAAAAGUUCUUCGCUAUUAUAAACAUGUCUUCUGUAUUAUAAAAUCCAUUUAAAAAGGAAAAUCAGAGCUUCAAGUCUUUCUAGUGCCAGGACACAUUCCCCUUUGUAGUUUUUCUUGCCUUCUGUGGUACCUGCUCUCUGAAGCAGUAGUUUCUCCUGCUUUGCUCUAAACUCUCAUAUUACCACUGAGCCAAUCAUACUUCUACUUAAGAACAACCUGCUGAAUUCAACAGAAGCAGGCUGUCCCUCUCUACCCUCAUUAUUUCUAAUGACACUACAUUGAUACGUAGCACCCAGGCAGCCCAGCUGGCUGCCACACUUGAUAGCACACAGAUAGAAACUUCUGUUCAUUUUUACACUUGUUCUGGGUAAGCCACAUCAGAUCUCAAGGGAAGCCAUUUGAGUUUAAUGAAAGUUACAUUAGCAAGUAAACUAGUAAUUGGAGCUUGUAAAGUUACCAGGUAUCUAGGUGAAUUUGUUCUUCAGCUUCAAGUCAACAUAUGUACAUACAUGUGUAUGUGUUAUACAAAAACCCAAGUAUUUGCAGCAUUUGCCUUCUAAAUCUAAAUGGGGAUGGCA